UUUGAGAGGCGGGGCAUCCGGGUCCGUCCGCCGUGACUUCUGCCGGCGGAGCUCAGCUGCUCCGCUCUUGCUAGACUAGGAGGUGUGAAUUAAGAACUUCAAUAAUGGAGUUAGCUCACAGCUUAUUGCUAAAUGAAGAAGCAUUGGCUCAAAUCACCGAAGCAAAGAGACCAGUGUUUAUCUUUGAAUGGUUAAGAUUUCUUGACAAAGUUCUAGUUGCUGCCAACAAGACAGACGUAAAAGAAAAACAGAAGAAACUUGUUGAACAAUUAACUGGAUUAAUAAGCAGCUCUCCUGGACCACCUACUCGGAAAUUGUUAGCUAAGAACCUUGCAGCCCUUUAUAGCAUUGGGGACACUUACACAGUUUUCCAAACACUAGACAAGUGUAACGACAUUAUCAGAAGUAAGGAUGACACUGCAGCCUACUUACCAACAAAGCUGGCAGCAGUGGCUUGUGUUGGAGCAUUUUAUGAGAAGAUGGGAAGGAUGUUGGGCAGUGCAUUUCCAGAAACAGUGAACAAUCUGUUGAAAUCUCUGAAAAGCGCAGAGUCUCAAGGGCGAAGUGAGAUCCUAAUGAGUCUGCAGAAAGUGCUGACUGGAUUGGGGGGUGCGGCAGCUUCCUCUCACCGAGACAUUUACAAGAAUGCUCGAUCCCUCCUAACUGACAGGUCGAUGGCUGUCCGGUGUGCAGUGGCCAAGUGUCUUCUGGAACUACAGAAUGAAGCUGUGUUCAUGUGGACUGCUGAACUAGAAAACAUAGCUACCCUCUGCUUUAAGGCCCUGGAAAACUCAAACUACGGGGUACGAGUCGCAGUGUCUAAGCUUCUAGGCACAGUCAUGGCUACAGCCUUGAUGCCGAAACAGGCAACAGUCAUGCGUCAGAAUGUGAAGCGAGCAACGUUUGAUGAGGUUUUAGAACUCAUGGCCACAGGAUUCCUGCGUGGAGGGUCAGGUUUCCUGAAGAGCGGAGGAGAAAUGUUGAAAGUCGGAGGGUCUGUUAACCGCGAAGUGAGAGUUGGAGUGACACAGGCAUAUGUUGUUUUUGUGACAACAUUAGGUGGUCAGUGGCUGGAGCGUAGCUUUGCCACAUUUUUGUCACAUGUGCUUGAUCUGGUUUCCCAUCCCCGAGCAACACAAACACAUGUGGAUGCUGUGUACUCAAGGCGAUGUGUCUCCUUCAUCCUGAGAGCCACUGUGGGCAGUUUGUUGGGUGAGAAAGCCCAGAUAGCAGCUGCCAAGGAAAUCUGCCAGGCUAUUGGAAAACAGAUGAAAGCAGUGGAGGCUGUAGUGAAUGAUACAAGCAGUGAGAACAAAUCCGGAGCAGCAGACAUAGCAGCGAGCCAGCACGUCAUGGUCUGUGCCCUCCAGGAGCUCGGGAGCCUGGUGCAGAGCCUGAGUGCCACCGCCUCUCCUCUUAUUCAGGAAGCGUCCAUAGGACUUUUGGAGAUUGUGACUUCCGUGCUUCUUCAUCCAAGCAUGGCUGCUCGGCUUGCUGCUGCAUGGUGUCUGCGUUGUGUGGCUGUGGCAUUGCCCUUCCAGGUGACACCAUUUCUAGAUAGGUGUGCAGAACGGCUCAACAACCUGAAGACUUCACCGGAAGCUGUUAGUGGAUACAGUUUUGCGAUGGCUGCUUUGUUGGGUGGAGUGCAUCAGUGUCCUUUGGGCAUUCCUCAUGCCAAAGGCAAGAUGGUAGUCAGUAUUGCUGAAGACCUGUUACGGACCGCUGCUCAAAACAGCAGGCUGUCUCUGCAGCGCACCCAAGCUGGCUGGCUUCUGCUUGGAGCACUCAUGACUUUAGGACCGUCUGUUGUUCGUUACCACCUCCCCAAGAUGUUGCUAUUGUGGCGAAACGUGUUCCCCCGUUCCUUAAAGGAACUGGAGGCUGAGAAGGCCCGGGGAGAUUCUUUUACCUGGCAGGUAACACUGGAAGGUCGUGCUGGAGCUUUAUGUGCCAUGAGGAGUUUUGUUGCACAUUGUCCUGAGCUCUUAACCGAAGAUGCAAUUAGGAAAUUAAUGACUCCUAUCGAAUGUGCCAUGACCAUGAUGUCACACAUUCCCUCUGUAAUUAAGGCCCACGGAGCCCAUCUGAAAGCUAGUGCCGCAAUGGUCCGGUUAAGACUUUAUGACAUCUUGGCUUUAUUACCUCCAAAAACUUAUGAAGGAUCUUUCAAUGCACUUCUCAGAGAACUUGUAGCAGAAUUCACUCUGACCGACAACUCAGCCAACACAACGACCUCCCUCCUUCGGUCCCUCUGCCAUUAUGAUGACAGCGUUCUGCUGGGUUCCUGGCUCCAAGAAACUGAUCAUAAGUCAAUUGAAGACCAGCUCCAGCCGAACAGUGCGUCUGGAAGCGGAGCUCUGGAGCACGACCCUUCUUCCAUUUACUUGCGGAUACCUGCUGGCGAAGCCGUGCCCGGCCCUCUCCCUCUGGGAGUCUCCGUGAUUGAUGCGUCCGUAGCUCUUUUUGGGGUUGUGUUUCCACAUGUGUCUUAUAAACACAGGUUACAAAUGCUGGAUCAUUUUGCUGAAUGUGUUAAGCAAGCCAAGGGUGUCCGCCAGCAGGCUGUGCAGCUCAAUAUAUUUACCGCCGUUCUCAGUGCCCUGAAGGGCUUAGCUGAAAACAAGAGCACUUUAGGACCUGAGGAAGUUCGUAAAUCUGCUCUGACACUGGUUAUGGGCGCUCUUGACAACCCAAACCCCAUCUUACGCUGUGCAGCAGGGGAAGCCCUUGGAAGAAUGGCUCAGGUGGUGGGAGAGGCAUCUUUUAUUGCUCGAAUGGCCCAGUACAGCUUUGACAAGCUGAAGUCGGCUCGAGAUGUUGUAUCCAGGACUGGUCAUUCCCUGGCCCUCGGUUGUUUGCACCGUUAUGUUGGUGGCAUAGGAUCGGGACAACACCUAAAAACCAGUGUCAGCAUCUUAUUGGCUCUAGCUCAAGAUGGGACAUCUCCUGAAGUUCAGACUUGGUCUCUUCAUUCACUUGCCUUGAUAGUAGACUCCAGCGGCCCAAUGUACCGUGGAUACGUGGAACCCACAUUGUCUCUAGUUCUCACCUUGCUGUUGACAGUUCCACCUUCACACACGGAAGUCCAUCAGUGUCUGGGCAGGUGUUUAGGUGCUAUAAUAACUACUGUUGGGCCAGAACUGCAAGGAAAUGCAGCGACCAUUUCCACCAUCCGCUCCUCCUGCCUGGUGGGCUGUGCAAUCACCCAGGACCAUUCCGACUCUCUCGUUCAGGCAGCUGCCAUCUCUUGCCUUCAACAGCUUCACAUGUUUGCUCCACGGCAUGUCAAUCUGUCUAGCCUUGUUCCUAGCCUUUGUGUUCACCUGUGCAGUUCCCACCUGUUACUUCGACGAGCAGCUGUAGCCUGUCUCCGGCAGCUUGCGCAGAGAGAAGCAGCGGAAGUGUGUGAAUAUGCCAUGAGCCUGGCCAAGAAUGCAGGGGACAAGGAGAGUGCCGGUGCCAAUGUCAGUCCUUUCGUGCCUGGAGUUGGUCAUCGAGGUGAUAUCCAUUGCCGGCACCAGGGCGUUAAUAUAACAGACACGGGGCUUGAGGGCCUUCUGUUUGGAAUGCUAGACCGAGAGACAGACCGAAAACUGUGUUCAGACAUUCAUGACACACUGGGACACAUGCUUUCUUCACUAGCAGUGGAAAAGCUCUCCCGCUGGCUGAUGCUUUGUAAAGAUGUCCUGGCAGCUUCUAGUGACAUGAGUACAGCAGCCCUCCUGAGCAGUGGCAAAGAUGAAGAAUCUGAAAAGAAAGAUGAGAUGGACGACGACACCAUGUUUACUACACUGGGCGAGGAAGACAAAUCAAAGCCUUUCGUGGCUCCUCGCUGGGCCACGCGGGUAUUUGCUGCCGAUUGCUUGUGCCGCAUCAUCAACCUGUGUGAGAAUGCGGACCAGGCUCACUUCGACCUUGCCUUGGCGCGUUCUGCUAAACUGCGGAACCCUAAAAAUGACCUCUUAGUACUGCAUCUCUCUGACCUGAUUCGCAUGGCCUUCAUGGCUGCCACUGAUCAUAGCAACCAACUGCGCAUGGCUGGGCUCCAGGCACUUGAAGACAUUAUCAAGAAAUUUGCAUCUGUGCCUGAGCCAGAAUUUCCAGGUCACGUGAUCCUGGAGCAGUAUCAAGCUAAUCUUGGCCAGGUGUGCAGCACGUGGAUCGGAAGUGGCGUUGUCAGCGAUCUCAAUGAUCUCCGUCGGGUCCAUAACCUGCUCGUUUCGUCUCUGGACAAAGUUCAGGCGGGAAAGGGAUCUUCUAGCCAACUGUACCGAGAGAGUGCCACCACCAUGGAGAAGCUGGCUGUCCUCAAGGCAUGGGCAGAGGUAUAUGUGGUUGCAAUGAAUAUUAAAAAAGAAGCAGAAUCAAAACCAAAGAAGGCAAUUAAAAAUCCCGAUGAUGAUGACGACGACUAUGGUACCAUAGAUGAACUUCCGCCAGAUAGUUUAAUAACCCUGGUACAGCCGGAACUGCCCACGCUAAGCCGCCUAUGGCUGGCAGCACUGAAAGACUACGCACUUUUGACUUUACCAGCUGAAUUUUCUAGUCAGCUCCCCCCAGAUGGUGGAGCAUUUUACACUCCCGAGACCAUCGAUACUGCGAGACUUCACUACCGGAACUCCUGGGCCCCGAUUCUCCAUGCGGUGGCACUUUGGCUAAACAGCACAGGGUUUACGUGUCCAGAGUCCACAGAGGCGGCAGCAGUGUCUGGUAUACAAAAACGCUCUCCAGCUCUCGGUGUAAACCAGGUGCCAGGAGCAAUGGCUUCUGCUAAACCCUUGCCAGAAGUUAACCAAGACAGAAUGCACCUGAUCCUAGGUGUGAGUAUACAGUUUCUUUGUUCCCCUCGGCCUGAGGAGCCCAUUGAACACAUCACAGCAUGCCUGCAGGCCUUACACACCUUACUGGGUUCUCCUUAUGCACGAAUCCACAUUGCAGAGGAUCAGCUGAUUGGUGUUGAGUUGCUCAGUGUCCUGCACCGCCUGCUACUGACCUGGAACCCACCCUCCAUCCAGCUGCUGGUCACUGGGGUUGUGCAACAGAUUGUCAGGGCUGCCCAAGAUUAUUUGCAGGAGAAGAGGAGCACCCUAAAUGAAGAGGAUAUGGAAAAAGAGUCCUGCCCUGCACUAGGAGAAGGAGGUGACAGUGGUGGCCUCAUUCCUGGGAAGUCCCUUGUGUUUUCAACCAUGGAGCUGCUGAUGUUCAUUUUAGUACGUCAUAUGCCACACCUGAGUGCUAAGAUGUCGGACUCUCCAAGUCACAUCACCCCCAAAACUCGCCUGUCAGAAGAAAGUGCUCGUUUGGUGGCAGCCACGGUGGCCAUUCUGUCUGAGCUGCCGUCCCUUUGCUCACCGGCCGGCUGUAUGACAAUUCUGCCCACAAUUCUGUUCUUAAUUGCAAGAAUAUUGAAAGACACAGCAAUAAAGUCUGCAGACAAUCAGGUUCCUCCUCCAGUCAGCGCAGCUCUGCAGGGGAUAAAAAGCAUUGUGACACUUCCGAUGGCCAAAACGGAGGAAACUCAGAAACAGUGGACAGCUCUGAUCCGGAGCACGCUUGCCUGCAUCCUGGAGUAUUCCCAGCCAGACGAUUCUAUGCCUGCACCUGAUGAAGUGAGCACGCUUACAGCCAUUGCGCUCUUCCUGUGGUCUGCCAGCAGCGAAAUAAUAGGAGUGCAGUCCCUACAGAAUGGCUGCAUGAGCAGGUUUAAAAGUGCUCUGAAUUCAUGUGACCCGUGGGUCCAAGCCAAAUGCUACCAGCUCCUCCUGUCAGUCUUCCAGCAUUCCAACCGCGCCCUUUCAACUCCCUACAUCCACUCAUUAGCUCCACUAGUGGUUGAAAAGCUAAAGGCUGUUGAAAGAAACAGACCAGCCAGUAGUACAGAACUUUUGGCUGUUCAAGAAGGAAUUAAAGUUCUUGAAACAUUGGUUGCUCUUGGAGAAGAACAGAAUAGAGUCCAGUUACUUGCUCUUUUGGUGCCCACUUUGAUCUCUUACCUACUGGAUGAGAAUUCUUUUGCCUCAGCAAGUUCUGUCUCCAAAGAUCUUCAUGAGUUUGCACUCCAGAACUUAAUGCACAUUGGACCUCUGUACCCACAUGCUUUCAAGACCGUAAUGGGGGCUGCUCCCGAGCUGAAAGUGCGCCUAGAAACUGCUGUUCGAGCAAGCCAGGCGAGCAAAGCCAAGGCAGCUGCCAGGCAGCCAGCCCCUGCCACACAUUCUGCACCAACAAUUAAGCUAAAAACAAGCUUUUUUUAGUGUGUUCUUCCAUUCCUUUUUUUUUUUUAAUUUAUAUUUUAUGUUGUUAGUGACAACCCCUGUAUCAUUCCAGACUAUGAACUGUUUUAUUUGUAUAUUGGAAUUAUAAUGCUUUGAAGUUGAUUAAAUGAAAUAGUGUUCACACCUCUUAUUGAUUUUUAAAGAUUGUGUGGUGAAUGUAUUUCCAUUUUAAUCCUAGUAACAUUUUUCUUUCGUUGACUUUUUUGAUGCUGCUGUUUGGGGGUUUGGUUUUUUUUGGUUUUGUUACUAGUGAUUGGAUCCAGAGCCUUGGUCAUUCUAAGCAUGCACUGUACUGUGACAUAUAGCCCUAGACCCUAAUUAACUUAUUUUUGUAAACACCGAGCCAUGGUCUUUUAAAUUGAAAUGCUAAGAACAUAAUUACAUCAUGUAGUUGGGCAGCCUUUGGCUAUUACCAGGAAAAUAAAAUGAGUCAGACUUUAGCAUUUGUCAGGGGAAGUUCAUGGAACAGCAAGCAGAUUGUAAAAUUUGACAUAACUCAUAAAACAGAAAUCUUUGUUUUAUGGCAAAUAUAGUAUGAAUAAAAUCACAUUUUCUA